AUGUCCGCAGCCAAGGAGGGACAGACCGGCGGCUGUGACAACCCGCCCUCGGCCCUCGGGUCCACAGCCUUGUCUUACUCUGUGUGUCCCAGCCCGAAAUAUGAAAUCAAAGGAAUUUCGUGCGGCGAGACAUGUCUCAUGUACGUUUUCAUCAUCGCCAACGUCAUCGUCUGGCUCCUGGGGCUGGUGGUCAUUGUCGUGGCCGGAGUCACACUGGCCAGCGGCAAGACGAACGACGCCUCCCUCCUGGGCGUUCAGAGCGUGCGGCAAGCGGCCGGCACGGGCAUGUUUCUCGGAUGUCUGCUCCUGAUCGUCGGUUUCCUAGGCCUUUGCGGAGCCAUUAAAGAGUCCUACCGUAUGCUCAUGGCAUACUUCGGGGUCCUGCUGGUGAUCCUCGUCUUCGAGAUUGUCGCCAUUGCCGUUGUCUUCUCCUCCGUGAACAGUUCGUCGAUGGAACAAUCGCUGAACGACCACUUCGUAGACGUCAUUUCCGGAGGACCCAGGGAAAAGGAGCCAUGGAACCAGGAAGAGGACUUGAGAGUCAUCUACUUCGUGCAAGGCCAGCUGCACUGCUGCGGAGGCAAGGGACCCGAGGACUAUGCUGAGCGUCACCUGCCCAUACCACCAAGUUGCUACGACAACUACGACACGCCAAGAACGUACAUUUACCAGCGGGGCUGCGUCGCAGCACUCAAGGAGUACGUUCAGAAGCACGGACUCAUCAUUGGCCUCGUCAGCAUGUUCGGCGUUUUCGCUGAGAUCGUUGCUAUGGUCGGCGCCUGUAUGCUCAUUAUUGCUUGGGCGGGGAGAAGGAAGGCUGGCAAGAACACCACCCAAGCCUAGCCAUGAUAUCCGGCGUUGCGGUAUACACUGCCAUUACGUUUUCUCUUUCUUUUCUGCGCGCAUUUCAUAAAUAAGUUCAUCGCAUUUCAAAAUAUAAUUGUAAUAAAUUGUUGC